AUGCCAGUGGAAUGUACGCUCUGCCAUCAGCGCCCGGCAGUCCUCAAGAGGCCCAAGACGAGUCAGGCAGCCUGCAAGGAGUGUUUCUUCCAGGCAGUUGAGACGGAAGUCCACCAGACAAUCGUGACCCACGGCCUCUUCACGCGAGGCGAUGUGGUAGCCAUCGGAGCGUCGGGCGGGAAGGACUCCACGGUGCUGGCCUACCUCAUGAAGACCCUCAACGAGCGCCACGACUACGGGCUGGACCUUUUCUUGCUCUCCAUCGACGAGGGGAUCACUGGCUACCGAGACGACUCCCUCGAGACCGUCCGGAGAAACGAGCGUCAGUACGGGAUCCCUCUGAAGAUUCUCUCCUACCAGGACCUCUACGGCUGGACCAUGGACCGCAUCGUGGCGACCAUCGGCCGCCGGAACAACUGCACGUUCUGCGGGGUGUUUCGUCGACAGGCUCUGGAUCGUGGAGCGGCCAUGCUGGGAGUUGACAAGAUCGUGACGGGACACAACGCCGACGACAUUGCCGAGACGGUCCUCAUGAAUAUCCUGCGUGGAGACGUGGCUCGUCUGAGGCGCUGCACGGCCAUCACCACCAGUAGCGAGGGAGCCAUCCCUCGCUCCAAGCCCUUCAAAUACACCUACGAGAAGGAAAUUGUAAUGUACGCCUACUUCAAGAAGCUCGACUACUUCUCCACUGAGUGUGUCUACUCUCCCAACGCCUACCGUGGCCAUGCACGGACCUACCUCAAAGACCUGGAGAGAAUAAGACCCAGCACCAUCAUUGACAUUAUUCACUCGGGAGACAGUCUCGCCGUGAAGGGGGAUGUAAAGAUGCCGGUUCAGGGGACGUGUUCUCGCUGUGGCUACAUCUCCAGUCAGAUCCUAUGCAAGGCUUGUGUUCUCCUGGAGGGGCUCAAUAGAGGUCUACCACGAGUAGGCAUUGGGAAGGCCACUGGUGGGAACAUGAGUGCAAUCGUCAAGAAGUAUGGACUGAGGGAGGAAGAGGAGGAGGAGAAGGGAGAGGAUGGGAGGAGGCAUCAUGGAGGCGGAGAAGGGGAGGGUAUGGAGAGAAGGAAGGGAGAGAUGGGUGGGUGUGGGAGCUGUACGUGUGACUCUAAGAAGAGGACUUGUCGUGAUCCAUCUACAUUGCUUGAUGUGACUAGGCCUGACAGGCCUGAGUUUUGA